AGCACCCGGCCCGGCCUCCUCCUUCUGUCCCGCCCCUCCGCGCGGCGCCGGGCGGACUACGUUUCCCAGAGGCCCCCGGGCGGCGGGGCGGAAGGCGGGCGGGUGCUGGGUUUCGGAGCAUGGCCACCGGGGAGCUGGGCGGCAGGUCGGCCGAGAAGCUCUUCUCUCUGAGCGGGCUGUUCGCCGUCUACAAGCCCAAAGGGCCCACCUCGGCCGCCGUGCUCAACCUGCUGAAGGAGCGGCUGCUGGCAGAAGCCGGUGUGCAAACAAAAGAUAACAAAAGAAAAAGGCAAGCCUUGAAGAUUGGACACGGUGGAACUUUGGACAGUGCGGCAACAGGAGUUCUGGUGGUGGGUAUUGGAAAGGGAACAAAAAUGCUGAAAACUAUAUUGGCAGGUUCCAAGAAGUACACUGCCAUUGGACUGCUGGGCAGAGCUACUGAUACCUUAGAUGCUACAGGAAAAGUAACUGAAGAGAAGCCUUAUGACCAGAUAACAAAAAGAGAUCUUGAGAAUGUGCUGCAGAAGUUCACAGGGGACAUAAUGCAGGUUCCUCCACUCUAUUCUGCUUUGAAGAAGGAUGGAGAAAGGCUAUCAACUCUAGUGAAGAGAGGAGAAGCAGUUGAAGCAAAGCCUGCUCGGCCAGUAAGAGUGUACAGCCUCUCUCUCCAGCAGUUCCAGCCACCACUGUUCACACUGGAUGUCGAAUGUGGUGGUGGCUUUUAUGUCAGGAGCCUGGUCAGUGACAUUGGCAAAGAACUUUCAACCUGUGCCAGCAUACAAGAGCUGACCCGAACCAAACACGGUCCGUUUACGCUAGAAGAACACGCGCUUCAUGAAGACAGAUGGACAAUUGAUGAAAUUGCACGAUCCUUAGAGCAUUGCAUGUCUCUUUUCCCAGGAGAGCAAUCUCAUAAAAAAUUUAAGACAGAGCAUCCUGGAGAAACUGCUGUGAGCUGUGAAGAUAAGUGAUAAGUUGGGUCAAGGAAAAAGACUGAAUGAUUGAGACGUUUUUGGAUUGGAUCGGGAUUGUCUUGCCUUUUGUGUAAAUUUACAGGUCUGUAUUGGGAGGGUGACAAACUGCAGUGCAAGACAAAUGGUUCUUUUGUUUUCUGGGGCUAGAACAUGCACUGAAAACAUCCAGUGCCUGCUGCUCCCUGAUCUAUUUCCCUCAUUAUAUACUGUAAAUUGCUCUGCCACUGGUGUAAAGUAUGCAUAAACUUUUAAAGAACUUACAGGGUGCCAUACAGCUGUUGUUACUAAUUCUUCAAUAAAAAAAUUACAAACCUUAGGAUUUACCAAACGUGCUGCAAAGAAAAAUCCUUUUUUCCUUUACAGAUGCUUCCAAACACUGAAAUACCAUGGUGACAAGACUUUCAUAGCUGGAAGGGUUCAUGAAUGUGGAGUGGCAAUUUGUUUUCUUGAAAUCCAUUUCAGAAAAUGCCCACUUUACUGUAGUUUUUGCUAUGCAGAUUGUUCUUUCAGCCAAUGUUAUCCAGAAUACAUUAAACCUAAAUGUUGAUGUUUUAGGCGAGGUCUGAAA